AACUGUUUCUAGCCUACACAAUCCUCCUCUUGAUAUUCUUGCCUUACAUCCUCUCUUCCAUCCAUGGCGAGCUGGGCAGAAUUGCCGCGCGAUCUCAUUCCUGUGAUCGCAAAGCGUAUUAAAGUGAUGGAAGAUUUCAUUGCUUUUGGUGCUGUUUGUACCUCAUAUCGAACUGCUGCCACUAAGGAUAAGUUUGAUUUGCUCUCUCCCCAACUUCCGUUGCUGAUGCUGGCUGAUAGAGAUGAUGAUUAUCGAGAAUUUUACUCUCUGUCGAAGGAAAACGUUUCACGCAUAUUUCUCCCAGAAGCUAGAGGGCGAGAGUGUUUUCUAUCAGAGGGGUGGCUGUUCACCAUGUCAUGUAAUGGUGAGUUUAACUUGUUGCAUCCUUUCUCCCGUAACCAAAUUCAACUUCCUUCACGACAAGCCUUAAGUGAUUUUGCGGGUCUCGAAGAAGUACCUAAAGGACAGAUCUAUCGCUGUAUAGACAAAGCUGUCUUAUCUGCCAAUCCUUCUCUUACAUCAGAUUAUGUACUGAUGAUUUCCUAUUUUAAUUUUAGUAACUGCUUGGCCUUUUGGCGACCUGGAGACCUCAACUGGACUAAUAUUGACACUAGAAAUUUCGGGGGUGCAGUGGCUACUAUGAAUUAUUAUAAGGGUCAAUUUUUUGCUGUCUUUUACACCGGUGAAGUUAGGGUUUUUGACGUUGCAGGGCCUAGUAUUGCUCAACCAAUUGUAAAGUCGCACUUGCUUGUACGGCUUAAAGAUAAGAUCUUUGAUGAAGCGUCAGUCCAGUUCUAUCUAGUUGAGUUACACGGUGCACUAUUACUUGUUACCCGGUUUGCCCAUCAUAAUGAAGAAGAAGAUGGUUAUGAUACUUUUAAAUUUAAAGUAUCUGAACUAGAUGUAAUAAAACGUGAAUUGAGGGACAUCAACGACUUGGGAGAUUCAACUAUAUUUUUGGGCCGUAAUGGAGCAAGUUCUAUCGACUCUUCGAAGUUUAAAGGAGUCAAACCUAAUCACAUAUAUUUUACUGAUGAUUGGUUUGAGGAAUUUAACUACGUGGAAGGUGGUGGUGGAAGGGAUAUGGGGGCUUACGAUCUUGAAGAUGGAAAAAUCGAAUCUUUUUAUCCUGGAUUAUCACUAAGUCGUAUUUGCCCGCCAACUUGGGUCACACCGUCAUUCAGAUAAUGUGAUUUCUCUUGUCUCCAUUCAUGAAUUGUAGUAUGGUUAUUUAUUAUUAUUAUUAUUUCCAAAUUAUCAUUCUAAAAUUGAGUUGAUCUGUUUAUUUUCCUUCAAUGUAACUUCUAAUCUUGUAAUUGUGGCUAAUGUAUGAUGUAUGGAUGUUAUCCUAUUUAAUCAAUUCUAGUUGUGCUUUCUCUA